UGGUGUCGCAAAAGAAAGCAUGGUACGUUUUUGGUUUCAACAUUUUCGUUCUGGAAAUUUCGACCAUCAGAACCAACCCCGUGGACGGCCGGAGACCAAAGUGGAAAAUGAAGAAUUAAAGGCUAUUGUGGAAGCGGAUCCAUCACAAAGCGCUUGAGAGAUAGCUGCAGGCUUCGGGUUACCAUGGUUCCGAACACCACCAUCCUCCUUCUCGUUGUCACGAUGACGUCAGUGGCCUCACAGACAUUCCAGUACUCGAGAGGCUGGACGAACGGCAAGCGAAAUGGUCAGAAGUACGAGGAGUUUAGUCUAGAGCGGAUUUUGAACCCUUGUCAAAUGCAUAAGCUUAAAUAUUUGCUGGAAGGGAAACCACUGACGGAAAAGGUCCUAAUCCCAUGUGAUUAUAUUGAAGAGGACAGCGAAUUACCGAAGCGGUACAAAACAGAUCCCGGACAAGAAUCACUAUACGACGCCUUUCAAUAAAUUCUAGAACCUUCUACAAUGUUGCCAUAUUAUGAGAUUUUGUAUUAACAUAUUUAAGCUUUAUAGAAAUAUGUAAAACAUUAAAAAAUACUAAGUAUAGUUAAAGACAAAAUUCAAAUAUUCUGUUCGUAAAACAAAAAUU